CUUGUUUCCACUCGGGAGGUUAAAGCAUUCCGUAAAGUGCCACUUGAUGAGCUUGACGACCAGUUUAAGAUCCAAUAAAUGUCAGGUUGGGCACAAGGGGAUACAAAAGUUUAAAGACAUGGCGAUAACAACAGAAAAGACAAUGAACGAGAAUACUUUGAUACUGAAUUGGUAAUGAUAUUGAUUACUUAAUUAUGACAUAAUCAUCAAAUUCGUGGAUACUUGAAUUAUCAACACUAUGGCUCACUGAAAAAGACACAUUGCACUUUUCGGGGUCGCAACAUCGUGUCAGAAGUCCGCGAUUUAUCCUUUAUUCAAAAAACCCGGUUAAAGACACGAAAUGACAGCAUAGAAAAGUGUUUGUGUUCGAUGCUAUUACCUGAAAGCCGGGAUACUCAUAAAAAAAUCCCUUUAAAAGAGCCGACUGUUACAAAGUCCCUUACCGCCCAAAAAAAAAUCAAUCAAUACAGCAGGCUCUAUUGCUCUGUUCCUGAAAACAAUCUCAUUAAAAUUUCCCUCCAAAAGUCGUGACGCAUUUAACAGUCCCUAAGCCAAAAACAUAUCGCAUAGUAAGCUUGACUGAUCCGUGUUAACCUGAAAGGUAUUCAUUAAAAUCUCCCUUUACAGCUCCUAACUCGUUAAAAAAAAAUGAAUCGCAAAACGUAAUUAACUUGCAUGCUGAAAUGACCUGCAUAUUUCCCAUGUCCUGAAAAGGCAGUGAAUUUACCAGGAAUUCAGUCGAAGUGGCUUUUAUUAAACGGUUGCAGGUAUCACGACUCUAGGCAUGUCGAUAUUAUUUUAUCACGAAAAUAUAAUGCGGACAAUGUCGCACAAUUUGCCAUAAGAUAGAAUGAUCCCAGAAGGAGCAGUCACUUGCUUGCCAUGCGUAUUACGAGGAGCUGGACAGAGAUAUUGCUCAACUUUAUCAUGGCGUUCUCAUCGAACAUCAGUGAAAACUAUACCAACUUCUCAAAUUCAAUCAAACCUCAUAAUAUCAGUGCUACCGAGUCUAUCUACGGGACGUACGCUGAACGCCAAAUCUUGUCAGGAGUCGGAUUCGUCGCUACUUUUGUCGGUCUCCUGGGAAACCUGGCGGUCAUUUUUGCCAUUCUGACUGUCAAGAAACUACAGACUAAAACCAAUGUGUUUGUUCUUAAUCUCGCCGUAGCCGAUGUGCUGACCUGCACUGUGGCUCCCCUACAAGCCGUGACCAUCUUGAGCGACGAGCUAGUCAUACCAUCUUGGUUGUGCAAACUCGUUGCGUUUUGUAUUAUAACUUGCAUUGGCUGCAGUAUUAACACCCUGGCCUUAAUUGCCGUCAACCGACUGGUUGGUAUCACGACUACGGCUAUGUACCACAAAGUUUACACUCCUAUCAGGCUCUUUCUGAUGAUCGUCAUGUCAUGGGCCGUGCCCAUAGCCGUAGCAACUAUUCCACUGUUCUCAAAUUAUGCCAAAUAUGGCUUCAACCCUAUCUACAAAUCAUGUACUUGGUCGUCAAACAUGUCCUACAUUAUUACAUACGCGAAGCUCAUCAGUGUAAUGUAUUUCCCGCUCCAGUUUACCAUCCUCUUUGUCAGCUACUUGAAAAUCUACUUGUAUGUGACAAGGACAACUCAAUCGAUGCUGAGACUUGACAAAUAUGGAGGUACCACAGGCUUAGGUUCACAAACACUUCAAAUACAACUUUGGAAACGUCAGGUGACUGUUACCAAGAACUUGUUCACAGUGGUAUGCGUGUUCUUCCUCUGCAUGUGCCCGUACUUCGCCACUCUCGGACUGCCAAGCAAUGUCGGCAAAAGCCUCCUGUCCUACGCAUCAUUGGUCCUCAUGAGCAACAGUGCAGUCAAUCCGAUCAUCUACGGAACUAAACACCCGGAUUUCAGGACGGCGUUUGCUCACAUCUUGCGUUGUAAAAGGAAGAAGUACAAACCUCAGACGCCCAGGACUAAAUCGGGACAGAACAGUACCACUAUUGCAACUAUCUCUGCAAACUUGCAACUACAGCUUGUGUAACCCACUUUUAAACAAUGCGUAAUAGGAUUAAUAUUUUUCGAAUAAUUUCAUUAAUAUUUAUCAUUACGUAUUAUUAAAACGGGAAAUACUUCAAUAGAUGUGUCUUUUCAGCGAGGCUUCAUUUCAAGGCCUUAAUUUUAAUGCCUUUAUCUGCCUAUAAUGAAUUGAAAAAGUAGGCUGCAAAAUGUAAGCAUACAGAUGACUCACUUGUUUAGAAAUGUCUUAGAAAUGACUGGUUAGCUACUUGGUUAGCUACGAGAAACGUACACAUUGAACUCUCUUUCUGGAAUCUGUUCCAAUUGUAAGUUUGAA